AUGGACUUGAAAAGUAACCUUGACGAAUACCGUUAUACGGAUCAAAUUCAUAGAAGCACUUGCGCUGAUUUAGAAGGUGCAAACGGGAUAUUUGAAGAUGAAAAACAAAGCGAUUAUUAUGAAGUAGAUGCACCUUAUGCCUCUUGGAGCAUUGAAAAUGAAGCCAGUUACUCUAGCGAGGAAAUAAGGAUGAUUUUUGUUACUUUAGGACGAGUAUUUGGAUUCCAAAAUGACAAUGUCAGGAAUAUGUAUGAUCAUUUUAUGAUUCAGUUGGAUUCUCGUGCAAGUAGAAUGAGUUGUACUCUUUCUUUGUUAAGCCUCCAUGCAGACUACAUUGGAGGUGAACAUUCGAAUUAUAAAAAAUGGUACUUUGCAGCGCAGUAUGAUUUAGAUGAAAAUAUAACAAAGCAGAGUAAAAGAAAAAGUUACCAAAAAUUGAAAAAGAAUAAAAGGAAUAACAAGCUUCCUUACACAUUAGAUGAAUUGAGUGACCGAGACUGCUUAUUGGGAAUGGAGUAUAAGUGGAAAGCUGAGAUGAAUGCUUAUUCUGAUCUCGACUACAUAAUUCAAAUUGCUCUUUAUCUUUUGAUUUGGGGAGAAGCAAAUAACAUAAGGUUUAUGCCUGAAUGCAUAUGCUUUAUUUAUAAAAGUUGCAUAGAUUACUAUGAUACAAUUAGUAAAUCGAAGGAGAAGCCCUUACAAAAAGAGUUUCAUUUUUUGGACAAAGUGAUUACGCCAUUAUAUAACUUCAUUAGAGAUCAACAAUAUGAACUUGUUAAUGGUGUUUUAAAGAAAAAUAAGAAAGAUCAUACUGACAUAGUUGGUUAUGACGACGUUAAUCAAUUAUUUUGGUAUCCAGAAGGAUUAAAAAGAAUAAAAUUACACGAUGGUAGAAAGUUGUUUGAUAUUCCUAAGGAAGAGCGUUAUCUUCAUCUUCCCUUGGUAAACUGGAAUAAGCUUUUUUACAAAACCUAUAAAGAAAAGCGCACUUGGAUGCAUUCUCUCACAAAUUUUAGCAGAGUGUGGAUUAUUCAUAUCACAAUGUUUUGGUACUACACUUGCUUCAAUUCUCCAACCUUGUAUACCAAAAAUUACCAUCAACUAUUGGACAAUAAGCCCGCCGCACAAGUUCAAUUGUCUGCCGUGUCAUUUGGAAGUGUUAUUUCCUGUCUCAUAUCUAUUCUCGCUACAAUAACCGAGUGGAGAUUUGUUCCAAGGAAGUGGCCAGGCGCUCAACAUCUUACUGGGAGGCUCUUGCUUUUGAUAUUAUUGACUCUUGUCAAUAUUGCACCCUCAAUCUACAUUUUUGGAUUCAUUCCCCUAAACGUGUAUUCAAAAUCUGGACAUAUCAUAGGAGUGGUUCAAUUCAUCAUUUCUGUGAUCACGUUCUUAUAUCUUGCCAUUCAACCACCUAAUAAAUUAUUCAGCUUCCUUCUCAAACAAAGCUCAAAUGCAAUCAGAACUCAGGCAUUCACUUCCGCCUUUCCUCAAUUGAAAUUUAGAAAUAAAUUGUAUUCUUACUCACUAUGGGUAUGUGUUGUUCUGGCUAAAUUUUUUGAGUCAUAUUUCUUUUUGACAUUAUCCUUGAGAGACCCAAUUCGAGUAUUAUCUAUCAUGGAGAUGUCAAGGUGUCGAGGAGAUAUUAUAUUUGGUACUAUUUUGUGCAAACAGCAGGCAAGAUUCACUUUGCUUAUUAUCUAUGUUACCAACUUGGUUUUAUUUUUUUUAGACACCUACUUAUGGUACAUUGUGUGCAAUUGUAUUUUUUCGGUGGCAUUGUCGUUUUCGCUUGGUAUUUCAAUCUUUACACCUUGGAGAAAUAUUUUUUCACGAUUACCAGAGAGAAUUUCCAGCAAGAUCAUAUAUUCAAAUUGCGAUCUUAAAUCAAACCCUAUCUUAUUAAUAUCUCAUAUUUGGAAUAGUAUCAUAUUGUCGAUGUAUAGAGAGCAUUUACUUUCAAUUGACCAAGUGAAUAAGUUGGUAUAUCAACAGGUUAGUUCACCAGAUUACGAUUCCAGCAGCUACAUAAGACCUCCUUUGUUUUUUGUCUACCAAGAUGAUAGCUCUUUUAGUUUGAACGACUUUUUCACACCUGGGAAGGAAGCUGAAAGAAGGAUCUCGUUCUUUGCUCAGUCGUUAUCAAGCCCAAUUCCAGAGCCAAUACCUACUCUGGCAAUGCCUACAUUCACUGUACUUGUUCCUCAUUAUUCGGAGAAAAUAAUUUUAAGUUUAAAAGAAAUAAUCAAGGAAAGUAAAGGAUCUAAAGUCUCGUUAUUGGAGUACUUAAAAUAUUUGCACCCGACUGAUUGGGACUCUUUCGUGAAAGACACGAAAAUUUUGCAGCUAUCGCAAUCUGCCGACGCUAAAGAUGAAUCUGACUUUUCUUUUCCACUCAAAUCAGGAAAGGAAGAUCCGAUAGACUUCAUAAAAAACCAGAUUGAUGACUUACCAUAUUUUUGUGUCGGGUUCAAGGAUUCCUCUCCAGAAUAUACUCUAAGGACGAGAAUUUGGGCUUCGCUCAGAUAUCAAACAUUGUACAGAACUAUUUCCGGGUUUAUGAACUACGAGACCGCUAUCAAAUUGUUAUAUCGCAUUGAAAAUAGCGAUGUUGAUUCUAAGUACAUGUAUAGCCCAGAAGAAACAGAAAAGGAGUUGUCACAUUUUGUUAAACGUAAGUUCAGGCUUUUAAUAUCGAUGCAAAGAUAUCAGAAGUUUGAUGAACAAGAAAAAGAAAAUGCGAAUCUAUUAUUUAGGGCCUAUCCAAAUUUACAGGUAGCUUACCUAGAGGAAGUCAACGAGAAUGGAACAUUAGAAUAUUACUCAACUUUGCUUGAUGUAACAAGACAAGAUGAGCAAGGAAACUACGAGAAGAAAUAUAGAAUAAAGCUCUCAGGCAAUCCAAUUUUGGGUGACGGAAAGUCAGACAAUCAAAACCAUGCAAUCAUUUUCUACAGAGGUGAAUACAUCCAAGUAAUUGACGCAAAUCAAGAUAAUUAUCUUGAGGAAUGUUUAAAGAUUAAAUCAGUUAUGGCCGAAUUUGAGGAAAUAAAUUUGGAUCCUUCUUCUCAGUAUGUUCCAGGUACAUUUCUGGAUGAUAAUGCGGAUCCAGUUGCGAUCUUGGGUGCCAGGGAGUAUAUUUUUUCUGAAAACAUAGGUGUAUUAGGAGAUAUAGCAGCAGGAAAGGAGCAAACUUUCGGAACACUUUUUGCUAGGACGCUAGCUGAAAUAGGGGGCAAGUUACAUUAUGGCCAUCCCGAUUUUUUGAAUGGAAUAUUUAUGACUACCAGGGGCGGUAUCUCAAAGGCCCAGAAAGGAUUACACUUGAAUGAAGACAUAUAUGCUGGAAUGACUGCUACCUGUAGAGGGGGAAGAAUUAAACAUUGUGAUUUUUAUCAAUGUGGUAAAGGACGCGAUCUUGGUUUUGGGACAAUCUUGAACUUUACUACAAAAGUAGGUGCUGGAAUGGGAGAGCAGAUAUUAUCUCGUGAACACUACUAUUUGGGAACUCAACUACCAAUUGAUCGUUUCUUAUCAUUUUACUAUGCACAUCCUGGAUUUCAUAUAAAUAAUCUAUUUAUCAUGCUUUCAGUGCAUUUGUUCAUGUUGGUAUUAGUAAAUCUUGGAUCUUUGGCAAACGAAUCCAUAAUAUGCCACUAUGACCAUGACAUUCCUUUCACAGAUUUAGAAAAACCUUUAGGUUGUUACAACUUGCAGCCAGUUUUAAAUUGGGUUACAAGAUUCGUUUUAUCUGUCUUUAUAUGCUUUUUUAUAUCAUUCAUUCCGCUUGUGAUUCAAGAACUUAUUGAAAAGGGUUUCUUAAAAGCAUUAUUUCGAGUCUUUUAUCAUUUCAUUUCAAUGGCUCCAUUUUUUGAAGUAUUUGUUUGCCAAGUCUAUGCUCAAUCGUUGAAAGAUAACAUUACAUUUGGGGGUGCAAAAUACAUUUCAACAGGUAGAGGUUUUGCAACUUCACGAUUAUCUUUCACAGUACUUUACUCAAAAUACGCUACGAUCUCAAUCUAUCCUGGAGCCACAGUAUUUUUGAUUAUAUUAUUCGCUACACUAACAAUGUGGCAACCUUCUAUCCUAUGGUUCUGGAUAACUUUUAUCUCCAUGUGCCUUGCUCCUUUCAUUUUCAAUCCACAUCAAUUUUCUUGGGGAAGAUUCUUUCUUGAUUACCGUGAGUUCCUUAGAUGGCUUUCAAGGGGGAAUUCGAAGUAUCACCUGAAUUCGUGGAUUGGUUUCACCAGGUUUCAAAGAUCAAGGUUUACCGGUUUCAAAAAAUUAGCAAUAGGAGACGUCGCCAAAAAAAUGAACGAAACUUCUAAAAGACCAACUAGAGUGAAUGCAAUACUUGAUCAGGUAAUCUCACCACUUAUAUCCACUCUUUGCUUUUUCGUACCAUACAUGUUUAUCAAUUCCCAGAAUGGCGUCAAAAAUCCAUACCGAGUGAACCCUCUUUUCAGACUCUUGAUAAUUGCGUUUACUCCGAUAGUUGCUAAUAUUCUCAUCUUGGUAAUUAUUUUUCCAAUCUCAAGUGUUCUAGGGCCCCUCUUUGGAUUCUGUUGCUCAAGUAUCCCUUCCUUUUUUGCAGCAACUGCACAUUUCUUAUCCAUAUUGAUACAUAUAAUAACAUUUGAAGUAUUCUUGUUUUUACAAGGGUGGAACUUCAGCAGAACACUAUGCGGAUUUAUAUGUGUUGUAUCCCUUCAAAAAACGAUCCUCCAAUUUGUGUCCAUUGCCUUAUUGUCAAGAGAACUCAAAGAUGAUUAUUCCAACAGGGCAUGGUGGUCCGGAAAAUGGCUAACAAGCGGGCUUGGGUGGCUAGUUAUAACACAGCCAUUAAGAGAGUUUAUAGUCAAAGUUUGUGAACUUAAUCAAUUCGCAUAUGAUUUCAUCUUGGGUCAUGUAUUGUUGAUGUUUAUGAGUCCCAUUUUAUUCAUUCCAUUCAUUGACAAAUGGCAUACUAGUAUGUUAUUCUGGCUCAAAUCUUCAAAGCAAUUCAGAGACCCGAUUUACUCAAGGAAACAGAGGCGUACGAGAAACGUUAGAAUAUUCAAAUACAGUUUCUUAUUUUUUUUAAUGGUGGCUUUGAUGGUAGGUUUAAUAAUAAUUCCAAUUGUUGGUCAGAGCUUCGUACCAGAUAUUAGAAGACUGUUACCAUCAUUCUUAGCAGAACUUAUCCAGCCAAAUCAUCAGAAAAAUAACGAUACUGGUGAUAGAGCUCCUAAAUAUAUUCCACGAGAAACACCUCGUAUGGUUCCAAUGAGAACGAUACCCUAA